GGGGGUCACAGUACACAUGUGAGAAGCUGCUACAGCAUUGUAACCAGUGUGCAGGAUGGACGGGAAAGUAAAAGAGCAGAAGCGACAUCAGCAGAAGCACAGCGGGCCGAAGGCAGAGAGGAAGAAGCUCAGGAAGCAGGGAGGCACCACAGAAGAAGAUGCACGCAAACGCAACCCAAAAGCCUUCGCGGUUCAGUCCGCUGUGCGCAUGGCCAAGACCUUCCACAGGGCUCAAGAUAUAAAGGCCAAAAAACACCACAUCCCCCUGGUGGACCGGACUCCCUUGGAACCCCCUCCAAUUGUGAUUGUAGUCGUUGGGCCCCCAAAGGUGGGGAAGACCACCCUGAUCCGCUGCCUGAUUAAAAACUUCACCAGGCAAAAGCUUGGGGACAUACGAGGACCUGUUACCAUUGUCUCUGGUAAGAAGCGACGCCUCACUUUCAUGGAGUGUAACAAUGACAUCAAUACAAUGAUCGACCUGGCAAAAGUAGCUGACCUGGUCUUGAUGUUGAUAGAUGCCAGCUUUGGCUUCGAGAUGGAGACUUUUGAGUUUCUCAACAUCUGUCAGGUACACGGCUUCCCUCGUAUCAUGGGCGUGCUGACUCACCUGGACUCAUUCAAGAACAACAAGACACUGAGGAAGACCAAGAAGAACCUCAAACAUCGCUUCUGGACUGAAGUCUACCAGGGUGCCAAGCUCUUCUAUCUGUCUGGGAUGGUGUAUGGAGAGUAUCAGACUCAGGAGGUGAAGAACCUCGGCCGCUUCAUCUCUGUCAUGAAGUUUCGUCCUCUGGUGUGGCAGACCUCUCACCCCUAUGUGCUGGCUGACCGUAUGGAGGAUCUGACAGACCCUGAGAUGCUGAGAACAGACCCCAAGUGUGACCGGACAGUGUCACUCUACGGCUACCUGCGAGGGACACAUUUGAAAAACAAAGGCCAGGUCCACAUUCCAGGUGUUGGAGACUUUGGGGUGGGAGAUGUGAACUUCCUGCCAGACCCAUGUCCACUGCCGGACGCUCAGAAGAAGAGGGCGCUGAAUGAGAAGGAGCGUUUGCUUUAUGCACCCAUGGCCGGUGUGGGUGGGGUUGUGUACGACAAAGACGCUGUGUACAUCGAUCUUCCUGCCAACCACGUCAAUCAGCAGCAGGAGGAGGUGCGGCCCACCACAGAGCUGGUCCAGUCUCUCAUCGACACACACUCCACUCUGGAUGCUAAGAUAGCAGCCAGUAAAGUGUCUCUGUUCAGCGGCUCGGCCUCCAUGGACGCCACAGACAUGGAGCAGCAGAGCGGAGAGAAUGAGGGUCUUCAGGAAGAGCGUGUCUGGGAUCCCAAUACCCAGAGAGAGAGGAGGAAGGUGGUCUUCACUGGGGAGGAGGAGGAGGACGAUGAGGAAGAUGACGGCAGCGGUUCCAGCGACGACGAGGAUGCCGACAGCGAAGAAAGCGACCAAGAGGAGCAGGAAGACGUUGAAGACGGCGACAUAGACAACCUCUCUACAUUAAUCAAAAAGGCCAGAGCUGAAUCAGAAAAGGACGGGACGGGUGGAGCUCCACCUGUGAAGAAACAGAAGAUGGAGAAAAAGAGAGGAGACGGAGAGGAGAGCGCUGAGCUGCCGGCGUUUGCUGACAGCGACGACGACCUGGAGGUGAGCGAGGAGGAAAGCGAUGAAGAGGCACAGAAGGGGAGAGCAGGAGACUCUGGGCACUGCUCUGAAGAGGAUGAAGAGGACAGUGAUGAUGAUGAAGAGGAGGAAGAUGAUGAUGAGUCAGAAGAGGAUGAUGGUGAAGCUGCAGAGAGUGAGAGUGAGGAGGAGGAAGAGCUGGGGGCUCUGCGCUGGAAGGAGGGUCUGCAGCAGAAAGCGUCAGAAGCAUUUCUACGGCAACAAGAAGCUGCUCCCAAUCUGCGAAAACUGGUUUACGGUUCAGUUGUUGCAGGGGAUGAGGAAGAUGAAGAUGAGGAGGAGUUGGGAGGGCUGUUUCGAGUCAGCCGCCCUCAGAAGAGUAAAAAGUUCCAGGCGAACUCUCAGGACUGCUCCCGCUUCAACCCUGACGCCUCCCACAACUGGGAUCUGGAGGAGAUGAUGAACUCUAUCAAAGACUGCUUUGUAACAGGAAAGUGGGAGGAGGGCCAAGAUGCUGCUACACUGCUGAAGGAGGACGAGGAACUGUACGGUGAUUUUGAAGAUCUGGAAACAGGAGAAGUCCAUAAGGGUCAAACUGGGCAGCAGAACCAGGCGGAGCAGAACAGUGAGAAUGAUGAUGAAGACGGUGAUGACGACGAUGAAGCCGAAGAGACUCUCAUGAAGGUGGAUGACGAUGAGGUCCAGAAGAAGAAGCGCAUAGAUAAGAAGCGGCGGCUGAAGGAGCGGUUCGACGCCGAGUAUGACGACGGAGACGCUACAUACUUCGAUGACCUGAAGGAGGAGAUGCAGAAGCAGGCAGAGCUGAACAGAGCAGAGUUUGAGGACAUGGAAGAUGAGACCAGAGUUCAGUACGAAGGCUUCAGACCAGGAAUGUACGUCAGAUUAGAAAUCUCCUCUCUUCCCUGUGAGUUUGUCACCAACUUCGAUCCUCACUACCCCAUCAUCCUCGGAGGCCUGGGCUCCAGCGAAGGCAACGUAGGAUACCUGCAGAUGCGACUGAAGAAACACCGCUGGCACAAUCGCAUCCUGAAGACUCGGGACCCCCUCAUCCUGUCCCUAGGCUGGCGUCGCUUCCAGACCAUCCCCCUGUACCACAUCGAGGACCACAACGGACGCCACCGCCUGCUCAAAUACACACCUCAGCACAUGCACUGUGGAGCCUCCAUCUGGGGUCCCAUCACACCACAAGGCACCGGCUUCCUGGCUGUGCAGUCAGUAGCAGGAACUAAAGCUAGUUUCCGUAUUGCAGCCACAGGAGUCGUCCUGGAUCUGGACAAGUCAGUGACUAUAGUGAAGAAGCUCAAACUCAUCGGUUACCCCUAUAAGAUCUUUAAGAACACAAGCUUCAUUAAGGGCAUGUUCAACACCAUGCUGGAAGUGGCCAAAUUUGAAGGUGCCUCUGUACGAACAGUGUCAGGGGUCAGAGGUCAGAUCAAGAAGGCGCUGUCGACACCUCCAGGAGCUUACAGAGCAACUUUUGAGGACCGGCUGCUCAUGAGUGACAUUGUGUUCCUGCGCUCCUGGUAUCCACUCACUGUUCCUCAGUUCUACAACCCCGUCACCUCUCUGCUGCUGCCUGUGGGACAGAAGGACGGCUGGGCGGGCAUGAGGACCCUGGGCCAGAUUAAACAUGACCUGGGCAUCCGCAACAAGCCCAACACUGACUCUCUGUACAAGCCGGUGGUCAGGGCACAGAGGCGCUUCAACACCCUUCACAUCCCCAAAGAGCUGCAGAAGGCUCUGCCCUUCAAAAGCAAACCCAAACAACAGCAGGCCCAAGGAAAGACCCCCAGAGACCUGCAGAGGCCCAGCGUGAUCAGAGAGCCCCACGAGAGGAAGGUGGCAGCCCUGAUCCAAGCUCUGAGCGCCGUGCACAACUUCAAGAAGAAGAAAGCCCACAUGGCUCAGCACGCCAAACACAAGGACUUCCUGCAGCAGAAGGACAAACAGGAGGAGGCCAAGCUGAAGAGACAGAAGGAGGCGCGUAAAAAACUGUACCGCGUCAUGGGCCAGAAGGACCAGAAGAAGCAGAGGUCCAGUCUGAAGGGGGCAGCAGAGGACGACUAACUCACUGUAUCUGGACUCAUGAGGCAGACCUAUGUGGACUCUCACUGAGACACUGGGUCUGCUCUUUGGACUGUUAGCAUGUGUUUCUAUUUUCUUGUAUUUUUCUAAACAUGUUGAUAUUGAAACUCACCUGUAAAGCCUAAGCCUAUGUGACUUUUGGAUUUUGUUUUAAUAAAACAGUAAUUAUGACCA